UGAAUUCACGGGCUUAUCCUGCCGCUGCUGCUGCAAAGUCAUCGCCUUGUUAGAGGAAGGCAGCAAACUGGAGGUGGAAAACACUGAGCGGCUGCGGACAACCUGAGCUUCACUAAUGCUAGCAGAGCCUUGACAGUGUCGGCGAAGAGAGAAGAAGCCCCGGUGUGAUGGUUUUGUUGUCGGUUUGAUACAAAAGGAGGAAUUGUUUUCACCUCCCAGGAAGAGGGACCCACAGCGUGUGAAGUUCAUAUGACGAAACCUGCCUUCUGAGCCACUGUAGAGGGCUGACUGGACUGUGUACCGAUCAAAAUGGCUAUCAUACGACAAUUCAGACUACUGGUGUGGAAAAACUAUCUUCAGCAGAAACGUCAAAUCCUGGUCACCCUGGUGGAGAUCCUGCUGCCCCUGCUCUUCUCCGGUAUCCUCAUUGUGCUACGUCAGAAGGUUCCUUUUAAGGACUACCCAAAUGCCACCGUCUAUGAGAGCUACGCCGUGGACCGGCUACCAAGGAUUGCCUUCAGACCCUUACAGCUGGCUUAUGUGCCCAGUAACUCCAGCGCAGUGCGUCAGGUGGCAGAGUACGUGCGAGGGAGCCUGUUCCUCUCCUCAGUGCGUGGCUUUGAGACAGAGGAGCAGUUUGAGGACUUUGUGAGGAAGGACCCACUGUCAGGAAAGAUACUAGCGGCUGUGGUGUUCGAGCACCCUUUCACCCAUGACGAUGAACCUCUGCCCAUUAAGGUGGGCUACCAUCUGCGGUUCACCUUCACCCCGCGCAACGCCCCACCCAAGGAGAAGUCGGAGCUCAACCCGAACAGUGACCUGGACUGGCACACGCUUAGCCUCUUUCCCCUCUUUCAGCUGCCAGGGCCGAGGGAGCAGUACGACAAGGAAGGAGGCACACCUGGUUACUUCCGAGAGGGAUUCCUGGCUGUGCAGCAUGCAGUGGAUCGAGCCAUCAUGAUCUCGUACAACAGAACUGCAGCUUCCCCUCUGCUGCGACAGAUCAGAGUGGUCCUGUCCAGAUUCCCUUACCCUGCCUUUAUUUAUGACGUCUUCAUCCUGGCCAUUCAGAACCAACUGCCUCUACUGCUGGUGCUCAGCUUUACAUACACUUCUCUCAACAUAGUUCGGGCUGUGGUGCAGGAGAAGGAAAAGAAGCUCAAGGAGUAUAUGAGGAUGAUGGGUCUCAGUAACUGGCUCCACUGGAGCGCCUGGUUCCUCAUGUUCUUCCUCUUCCUCUCCAUUUCAGUCUUUCUGGUCACUCUGCUUCUCUGUAUCCAGGUGAGCCCUAACGGAGCAGUGCUGACCUACAGUGACCCCACGCUGGUGUUUGUCUUUCUGCUCGUCUUCGCCGUGUCCACCAUCAACUUCAGCUUCAUGAUCAGUACCUUCUUCUCUCGAGCAAAUGUGGCUGCAGCAGCAGGCGGCUUUAUCUAUUUCAUGAGCUACCUUCCCUAUUUGUUCCUCUGGCCACGCUACGACCUACUGAGCCAUGCCCAGAAGGUGUCAGCCUGCCUCAUCUCAAACGUGGCCAUGGCUAUGGGCGCUCAACUCAUGGGAAUGUUUGAAGGCAAAGGUACGGGAAUCCAGUGGUCCAACAUGUUUGACUCUGUGACGGUAGACGACGACUUCUCCAUGGCCCAGGUGUUGGGCCUGCUGAUGUUUGACGCAGUGCUGUAUGGGUUGGUGGCGUGGUACAUGGAGGCAGUUUUUCCUGGGGAGUAUGGCGUGCCUCUGCCAUCCUACUUCUUCGCACUGCCAUCAUACUGGUGCAGCAGUCCCCGCAUGGCUUUGGUUAACGAAAAGGAAGAAGAGGAAGAUGCAGAAAAGGCUCUAAAAGGAGAGUUUAUAGAAGAAGAGCCUGCUGGACUCGUCUCCGGGGUCAAAAUUAAACAUCUGGCUAAGGAAUUCAAAGUGGGUAACAAGACCCGGCAGGCUGUGCGGGAUCUUACUCUGAACAUGUUUGAGGGGCAGAUCGCAGUGCUGCUAGGACACAAUGGUGCAGGAAAGACCACAACGCUGUCCAUGCUGACAGGGUUGUUUCCCCCCACCAGUGGCAGAGCGUAUAUCAACGGCUACGACAUCUGUCAGGACAUGGCUCUGAUCCGCCGCAGUCUGGGGCUCUGUCCUCAGCAUGACGUACUUUUUGAUAACCUAACUGUCAGAGAGCACCUGCUCUUCUACGCUCAGCUGAAAGGCUACUCCAAAGAAAAGAUUCCAGAUGAGGUGGACCGGAUCAUCCGUAUCCUGAACCUCGAGAACAAGCGAAAGGCUCGCUCAAAAACUCUCUCUGGAGGCAUGAGGAGAAAACUCUCUAUAGGCAUUGCCCUCAUUGGAGACUCCAAGGUGGUGAUGUUAGAUGAGCCCACGUCAGGUAUGGACCCAUCAGCACGACGAGCCACCUGGGACCUUCUGCAAGGGGAGAAACGCGGCCGCACCAUCCUGCUCACCACGCACUUCAUGGACGAGGCCGACCUGCUCGGCGACCGCAUCGCCAUCAUGGCGGGAGGAGAGCUGCAGUGCUGCGGGUCACCGCUGUUCCUUAAGAACAAAUAUGGCGCUGGCUACCACAUGGUGAUAGUGAAAGAUGCUCUUUGUAACGUGUCCGAGAUCACCCGCCUCGUGCACAUGUAUGUUCCUAACGCCACACUGGAGAGCAGCGCAGGGGCUGAGCUCGCUUACAUCUUGCCCAAAGAAAGCACCAGCAAGUUUGAGCUGCUGUUUGCUGAGCUGGAGAUGAACAGAGAGGAGCUUGGCAUCGCCAGCUACGGGGCUUCAGUGACCACCAUGGAAGAGGUUUUCCUCAGGGUGGGAAAGUUGGUGGAUUCCAGUUUGGACAUCCAGGCGAUCCAGCUGCCUGCGCUGCAGUACCAACACGAGAGACGCUCCAAUGACUGGACCACAGACGAUGCCAGCAGCAUCAGUGGCAUGACCGACGUCACUGACUUCACAGACAGCGGCACACUCAUCUCAGAGGACUGCUCCAACAUCAAGCUGAACACCGGGGCCAGACUUCACCUGCAGCAGUUUUAUGCCAUGUUCCUGAAGAGGGCGCUGUACAGCUGGAGAAACUGGAAGGUGAUGGUGGCCCAGUUUCUUGUGCCUUUGGUCUUCACUGUUGUGGCCUUAGUUGUUGCACGCAGCAUCCCUGAUCACGGGAACGCUCCUCAUCUGAGGCUGGCCCUCAGCCGAUAUGGUGCCACCAAGGUCCCUGUGGCUCUGCAGCCUGAGCCGGGUCCCCUGGCUGCUGCUCUGGCAAAUACAUACAGCUCACAGCUCUCUGCCCAGCUGGGCCAGCUCGUCAACAUCACUGACUUUACAGAUUACGUCCUGAAUCAGGCCGAUAAAGAAGGCGGCAGCUUUAAUGAGCGCUGCGUGGUGGGUGCUGCUUUCCGUGGCAGCAGGAAUCAAUAUCCAGAAGCUACGGCCUACUUCAACAACCAGGGCUAUCAUACACCGGCCACAGCCCUCAUGAUGGUGGACAACGCUCUCUUUAAACUUAUAGCGGGGCCGAAUGCUUCCAUUGAGACCGGGAAUUACCCCAUGCCCCGUAACCUGUCUGAAUCCGCAAAGAGCCAGCUUACAGAGGGAAAGACAGGCUUCGUCGUGGCCAUCAACCUGAUGUACGGUAUGGCCUCUCUGUCCAGCACCUUUGCCCUGCUGCUUGUAACAGAGUCUGCAAUCAAGUCCAAGCAUGUGCAGCAGGUCAGCGGAGUCUACCUGUCUAACUUCUGGUUUUCUGCGCUGCUGUGGGACCUCGUCAACUUCCUGCUGCCCUGUCUCCUCAUGCUGGUGGUGUUCAAGGCAUUCGGAGUGAAGGCCUUCAUUGACAACAACCACCUGGUAGAUGUGUUGUUGAUGCUGCUACUGUAUGGCUGGGCUGUGGUGCCUCUUAUGUACCUGCUCAGCUUCUUCUUCUCCACCGCCGCUACUGCCUACACACGCCUCACCAUCUUCAACGUGAUCUCUGGCACGGCCACCUUUCUGGCUGUCUCCAUCAUGACCAUCCCAGAGUUGAACCUGCAGGACCUGUCCCGCCUCCUGGAUAAGGUGUUCCUGAUCUUCCCAAACUACUGCCUGGGCAUGUCCUUCAGCCAGUUCUACCAGAACUACCAAUUCAUCUCAUUUUGCACCUCUAGUAAACUCAGCGAGGCUUUCUGCAAGUAUUUGAACAUCACGUACCAGACAAACUACUUCUCCAUGUCGGAGCCUGGUGUGGGACGCUUCCUGGUGGCCUUCUCUAUUCAAGGUGUAGUCUACAUUAUCCUGCUGUUUGUCAUCGAGCUGCAGUGUGUCCACACUCUGCGGCGGAUCCUCACCUCGCUGGGCAGAAGACGGAAACAGUUACCUCUAAUACAGGACGCAGCACUUCUCCCAGAGGACAGGGAUGUGGCCGAUGAGAGGAAGAGGGUGUGGGAGUGCCAGCCGAUGGUGGAGUCCAUGGUUGGUAGCCCCCUCGUUAUGCAGGAGCUCAGCAAGGUGUACAGCAGCGGGCAGAAUCUCCUGGCUGUUGACAGGCUGUCUCUAGCUGUAGGGAAAGGAGAGUGUUUCGGCCUCCUGGGCUUCAACGGAGCCGGCAAGACAACGACCUUUAAGAUGCUGACAGGUGAUGAGACUGUUACCUCUGGGGACGCCUUCAUUGAUGGAUACAGCAUCUUGAGGGACAUUAAGAAGGUGCAGCAGCGUAUUGGUUACUGCCCUCAGUUUGACGCUGUGUUGGAUCACAUGACAGGAAGAGAAACUCUCUGUAUGUAUGCCAGACUCAGAGGGAUACCAGAGAGGUAUGUGUCUGGCUGUGUGGAGAACGUGUUGAGGUCACUGCUGCUGGAGCCUCAUGCUGACAAACUGGUCCGCAGCUACAGUGGGGGAAAUAAGCGGAAGCUGAGUGCAGGCAUGGCUCUGAUUGGUGGACCUCCCGUCAUCUUCCUGGAUGAGCCUUCGACAGGGAUGGACCCUGUGGCCCGAAGGCUGCUGUGGGACGCUGUUACACGCACACGGGAGUCUGGAAAGGCAAUAAUCAUCACUUCUCAUAGUAUGGAGGAGUGUGAGGCCCUUUGCACCAGACUGGCAGUGAUGGUCAACGGUCAGUUCAAGUGCCUCGGGAGUCCUCAACACCUUAAGAGCAAGUUCGGCAGUGGCUACACGCUGCUGGCUAAAGUCCACAUGGACGCUGAUUUGGAGGACAGCGACCUGCUGCUAUUUAAAGACUUCAUUGAAAGCACUUUUCCAGGAAGUCAACUGAAGGAUGCCCAUCAGGGAAUGGUGCACUAUCAUUUGACUGACAAAACACUUACUUGGGCCCAGGUGUUCGGCACUUUGGAGGCAGCCAAAGAGAAAUAUCGUAUUGAAGACUACUGCGUGAGCCAGAUAUCACUGGAGCAGGUGUUUCUCAGCUUCGCCCAGUUCCAGCACUGCAUGGAGAGUGGGAGGAAGUAAGUGGAGCGAGGGAUCCGUCCAUCCAUUGUCCAUUUUCUACUGAGUGUGUACAACGGGACCUGUGCGACUCGCCUCCGUCACAGCAGGCGUGCACACGAGCUGGGGGAACAACGUGCAGUUUAUCUCCUGCUCUCCAUUUUUACCUUGACCACUAACACACGGGGCCAGUCGCCAAAAAAGAAAAUAAUAAUCAAACGUCAGCAUUUCUACUACUGUAUCACUGUCGCUGCGUCUUCAUUGGGUCAUUCAUGACAUGUCAUGUUAUUGUCGUUGCUGUUUAUCGAGGAAGUCUGAGGAGUGGGAUUAUGAUUCUACCAAGUAAUGAACUCUGAAUACUGCACCUUUGUGAGGUCAAAGACAAUGACAGCACUCAUCAGAUAACGUCCACUACUCUUAAUCGUGUGACCGGGUUUAUUUGUGUGUGUGUGUGUGUGUGUGUGCACCUAUGAGUGAAGAGCUUGUCUUUUUUUUUGUUAUUUAUGAUUUUUUUUUUUAUAUAUCUUGAUUAUGUCACCAAGAAUUUGUGCUUUUUUUUGUGAUCAUUAAUCUCGUCGCAAGAGAAUGAACCACUCCAUUUGAUACAUUAAUGAAAUCGUUGCACACCUUUGCGCCUUAUCUGACUUAAUGAGAAUUCUUGUUUCUUUCUACAUGAAAUGCCUGGUUAUCCGUAGGAGUAUCUUAUUGUUGUUGCCAGAUGUAAAUAAUAAUGUGAUGUGUUCAUGGUACUAAAAAAAACACUUACUCUUCUGGCCGGUGCAGAACAUUUACUCAUUUAAAGACUGUGUGGUUCACAUUAAUGAAUGCAUGUGUCAAAUCUGCAGAGUGCAUGAUACUGAGGGGAAACUAGAAGGCCGUCCUCAUUGAUAAAUAAUCCUCUAAGUACAUUAAGUCCAGCCAGAGUGAAUUUAGUAAGCCUCCAUGUUUCAGAUCUCUUGAAACAAUCAUUCCAUUUUUUUUCUCCUGCAAAACAAAUUUCAGCAGCAGUGUGUUCCCAUGUGGAUAUCCAGCUAGUAAAGUUUACAUGGAAGCAACUGUGACAGCCAAAAUGUGGCUGUGGUUGCAGGAACACGAGACAACCUUAAAUAUAGUUGUGUCAGAUUGCAUGUGAUUGAUUUGGACCUAGAACAGAAACUGCACUGACCUAUGAGGUGGGUUUUUUUCCCCUCUUGCAGCUAUGCAUUUAACCCCUGUGUGUGUGAAUGUGUUAGUGAGAGAUGCACAGAGAGAAUGGCAACACAUGAUUCCUGCAUUUAUCCAGACUUAGACAGCGCUAUGAUAGUCCUUACAUAUUAAACACAAAGAGAUUGUUAUUGUGCGAUGGACACUUUGGACUUGCUGCAUCAUCUAUAAUGUAGAUCUGCUCUUGUUGGGAACGCCUGGAAAUGCAAAUUAAAAAAAGGAAUGGGUAACACAAAAAGAUGCCUUGUUGAAGGGAAGACUAAUCCACUCAAUGUUGAGUCCUCUUUUAUUUGGAUAUGCUAAGAUGCUGAAUCCUAUUUCUUUGCAAUUUGAAGGACUUGUGCAAAUCUUUGUGUUCUGUAGGAACACUUUGAAAAUCAAUUCCCCACAAAUAUAUGUUUUCCUCCAUGUCAACGAUCCCAUUUAUAACCGAGGUGGAAUUAGCAUUGAGUAUGAAAACAUUUAUUCUCCAGAAAAACAGCCAUUGACUUCACAGCAGUGAGAUGAAUGUAUUUCCUGUCUUAAACGAGUGCAAAUAGAACUCAGAAACCAACUUUUCUUUUCGUUUUUUUUUUACAGCGUCUUAUGAUUUGAACAGUUUCUUAAAGUCACCAGAUGUGUGUUUAAAAAGAGACUGACAUUCCAGAAAGGCACAGAUAUGUUGCUUUUUCGACUUUGAAGGACUAAACCUUUCAUUUAAACUUUUGUUACAUGUAUUUCUUCUAUUUGCACAAUUUCCGUCUCAUUACAUGUAUGACUUGAAUCAUCUGCAAUGUUAGAUUAUGUAGUUUGAGGAAAAUGGAAAAACCAGGUUUCGGGUGCUGAAAUUGAAGGAGUGAUUUAUUGCUGAAA